UCAUGGUUCAGUGCUGACACGAAUCCCUUUAAAUAUUAUCACUACCGUACCUACGGUUGUCAUAGAGUGAAGUGUUGAACCAAAAAAGGGAAAAUAAAUAAAUAAAUAAAAUGAGUUCCUCCAUACUACUAGGAGUUUUCUACGUUGUAGUUAUGUUCAUGCAGCUUCUACUCACUCCCACCAUUGGCGAAGAAGGCUGUUCAUCAAAAGCUGAAUACUGCUGGAAUUGUAUUUCCGAGGUCGAAAAUUACACUAGUACCACAACCUACAAAAACAACCUCAACAAUCUUCUGACCUCUAUCUCCUCAGGCACCCAAAACAGUUACGGAUUUUACAAUUUGUCGUUGGGAGAAAACUCCAACAAAGUCAACGUAAUUGCUAUGUGCAGAGGAGAGGUUACAGCGGUCGAUUGCAGGACUUGUCUGAAUGAUACCAGUUACAGGCUAUUGGAGCGUUGUCCUAACAGGAAAGAAGCAAUCAUUUGGGACGAAAGAUGCAUGGUUAGGUACUCCAACAACUCUAUAUUUUAUAAAAGGACAGAUGCCCCUCUAAAGGCAUUUUCGAGCCCAAAUGCAGCAGCCGAUCCAGAACAGUUCAAGCUGGUGCUGAAGCCCUUAUUAGAUGACCUAAAAAUUGAAGCUGCUUCAGGUAAUUCUAGUGACAAAUGUCCAUUCGGAAAUAAUACCAUCCCUAAUGCUGAAGGAAUAUUUGCACUUGUUCAGUGCACAUCGGAUUUGAACGUGGGCGAAUGUAACGGUUGCCUAGAUCACGCUAUCUUACAUAUUCCAGACUGUUGUGGUGGAAAACAAGGGGGACGAUUCCUUAAACCAAGCUGUAACCUUAGGUUUGAGUCAGGACCUUUCUACAAUGAGCCUAAGGGCAAUUCAACACAGGGAAGUGAUGGUAUUUGCUCCGAAGAUGUCAAAUAUUGUUGGAAAUGCACUGAAAAUGGCAACUCCAACACUAGUAACAUCUUCAAACAGAAACUGAACACCCUUGUCUUCUCCCAGCUCACUUCUAAUACAGAAACAGGUUACGGGUUUUACAACUCUUCAUUAGGAGAAAACUCGAAUAAAGUGAAUGGAAUUGCACUGUGUAGAGGAGAUAUUGAAAUGAAUAUCCGCCACAAAUGCAUCAACGAGUCGAGCCGCAGGCUGUUAGAAAAUUGUCCAAACAGGAUGGAACCGAUCAUAUGGGAAGAACUUUGCAUGGUUCGAUACUCAAACACGCCUAUAUUUUCAGUAAUGAAAGAUGAGCCAAUCGUGAAAGCUCCAAGCACGAAUAAAGCAUGGGAUCCAAAUAAGUUCAUGCUGGUGCUGAAACCUAUGCUGGAUGGUCUGACUAGUAAAGCUUCAUCAGGUGACUCCCAGAGGAAAUUUUCAACGGAAAACGGAACUGUUCCUGGAUAUGAAACAAUAUAUGCACUUACACAGUGCACUCCUGAUAUAAGCAAGCAAGGAUGCAGAGAUUGCCUCCAAAGGGCUACCUUAAUUCUUCCAGAAUGUUGUAAUGGAGUUCAAGGAGCUAAAAUUCUUAGACCCAGCUGUAGCUUAAGGUACGAGGUAUAUCCUUUCUACAAUUAUACUGCAGAUUCGCCAGCGGCUUCUCCACCUUUAAAAGGCAUUUAUGGAUCACUAUGAUUGAUGCCUAACACAAGUUAUUUUUAUUGCUUAGCUUUCUGUGACCCUUAACCCCUACGGCCCAUUUGAAAUACUGAGAUUGGAAUGGAUUAUAUUGGGCUUUUUGAAAUGUUGAAUAAUAUUGGACUAAAUAUGAAAUAGGCUGGAUUUGAAAUACUUUACCCAGUCAGUGUCGCAUCUCAAAUGAACAAGC